AUGGACUUCACUCGCCUUCUUGGUGAUCUCGGCCUCCUUCUCUGGGCGGAGGAGGUUUUGGCGGCGAUGGAGCAGAGUCAACGCAACGACGAUCUCUUAUUGAAGACCAUUCGGAUGAUUGCAACAGCCUGUAUCGAUGUGAAAGCUGCUAAGAUGGUAGCACAAAGUGGGAGUCAAGUGAUUCCGAGGCUGAUUAAGCUCAUGAAUUGUAAGGCGAAAUGUAGUUCGCGGCGUAUCGUGUGUCUGAUUUGA